GUGAGCCCAGACCCCACAAGGGCCACCUCCUGCCCAGCCAGGUGGUCCCGGUGUCGGGGGUGACCCGCCGGCUGCGGGGCAGGGCCGGGGGGGCCCGGGGGGAGCUGCUGUUCCAGGCCCAGGCCCCCCCCCUGGGGUUCAGCACCUUCAGGGUCCGGCAGCGGAGCCGGGGGGGCUCCCAGGACCCCCCAAAAUGGACCUCGGAGGAGUCGGGGCCGCUGGAGAUCCAGAAUGAGCACCUGAGGGUCGUGUUCGACCCCCACACGGGGCUCCUGCGGGAGAUCCAGAACCGGCCCCGGGGGGUCUCCCUGCCCGUCCUCCAGAACUUCUACUGGUACGCUGCCAGCGCCGGGGACGCCCUGAGCCCCCAGGCCUCGGGCGCCUACAUCUUCCGGCCCAGCUCGGGGCCCGUCCCCGUGGCCGAACGCGUCUCCACAGCCCUGCUCAAGACGCCGCUGGUGCAGGAGCUGCACCAGAACUUCUCCUCGUGGUGCUCCCAGGUCGCGCGGCUGCGCCCGGGGGAGCCCUUCCUGGAGCUCGAGUGGACCCUGGGGCCCAUCCCCGUGGGGGACGGCGUAGGGAAGGAGCUCAUCACACGCUUCCAGACCCCGCUGGCCACGGCCGGGAGGUUCUUCACCGACUCCAACGGGCGCCAGAUCCUGGAGCGCAGGAGGGAUUACAGGCCCACGUGGAACCUGAGCCAGACGGAGCCGGUGGCCGGGAAUUAUUAUCCCGUGAACACCCGGAUCUUCAUCCAGGAUGAGAAGCUGCAGCUCACGGUGCUCACGGAUCGUUCCCAGGGCGGGAGCAGCGUCCAGGAUGGGGCCUUGGAGCUCAUGGUGCACCGGCGGCUCCUGCACGACGACGAGCGGGGGGUGGGGGAGGCCCUGGACGAGCCCCUGGUGGUCCGGGGGAGGCACCGGGUGCUCCUGGACCCCGCGGGGGCCGCGCCUGACGGGCACCGGGGGCGGGCGCAGGAGAUGGUGACACCCCCACACCUGGUGCUGGCAGCGGGGGAGGGGCCUCACCUGAGACAGUUUUCAGGGCUCCGGCGGGCGUUGCCCCCCCACCUCCACCUGCUGACGGUGGCCCCGGGGGAGGGGGCCGGGACCCUCCUGCUGCGCCUCGAGCACCUCGGGGGGCGAGGGGGGACGGAGACCCUCGACAUCACGACCCUGUUCUCAGCCUUCACCGUCACGGCCGUGCGGGAGAUGGCCCUGGGGGGGGACGUCCCCCUGGAAUCCGUGUCCCGCCUGCUCUGGACCACAGCCACAGGCACCCCCAAGCCCCCCCCGGUGCCCAAACUGGACCCGCGGCGGGUGACGCUGGAGCCGAUGCAGAUCCGGACCUUCGAGGUCACCGUGAGCUACCCGGGGCCGGGGGGGCCCUGAGCCACCCCCCUCCCAGCCCCCCCCCCAGCCCCCCAAAAAGUGCAUUAAAGCCCCCUGAGUUUUGUCA